AUGGAGGUUGAAGCUGAUUCCAUGGAAGCCACACCCAAGGGUGAAAAGGAAGGAUGUAAAAGCUAUUUAAAAGAUAAAGAGAUCAGUCAUUCUCAUUCUACAAAGCUUGGGCCAAUUGAUGACCUGAAUUUGAAGGAAAGAAUUGAACAGGGUGAGAAGUUGAUUCAGAAGCAGAAUCAAACUCGAUCUGAAAUGAUGGAAAAACUAGAGAUAAAGAAGUUGGAUCGAAACCACGUCAUUUCACAGUUACAGAGGCCAUCACAUGGAAGUGGUGUCGAACGUAUUAUCAAUUGGAAGAAGACGGAAAUAAGAUACCUCACAGAGUGGGAUGGAGACGAUAUGGUGUCAAAGUUGAAGGGACCAUAUUGUGGGUAUGAGGCCAUGCAUUUUCUCAACUGGAAGCAGAUGGAAAUAGAUUACCUGCAACACACUCUAAGUAAGCUUCGCUGUUCAAAGAAAUCAAGCAAAAGGACGCCUAAUGGUCCACCUUCGGCAGCAACGGACCUUGAUGAAAAAGUCAAGAGUUUAAGUUAUAGGGUACAACAUGGAAGCAGAAGUUUAGCAGAGGAGAAACAGGUCCUUAAUGAGAUAAAACAGGCUGAAUUUGCAAGAGAAAAACGAACCAUUGAUAAUGUUGUACAACCAUGGUUUCGAAGUUACUAUCGCUUUGAAGAAGUUAAAGUGUCGAAGGCAGCCAUUAAGAAUCGUAUCAUACUUAUAUCCUCGGACUUACACGGUUUAAAGAAAGAGCAACAGACAUUUAGAGCUAAAGUGAAGCGUCUUGAGAGAGAGUUGAAGGAUGCAGAAGGCAAUAUUAGUUCGUUGCAAAAAAAAUUGACAAAUAUCGAACGACAGAGAUACAAAGCAUAUGAAAACGUUCUUGAACUUGAAAAGCAACUGAAUGAGGUGUUCUGA